CUGUGACAUAGGGGCAGUUAUUGCGACCCCUUGACUUCAGGCGCUUCGGUGGUCUCCAAUUCUAGGUCCAGUAAGACCGGUCAACAUAACCCGGCACAAUAUCGAGGAGGAAGUACAGUACAUGGCCAUCGAUGAGCUCGAAUAAGGGCCACUGCGAGGAAGAGAAGGAAAACUCUAAAUUCUGGAAAGGUAUCGAGAAUAAGAAACAACAAAGACAGAAGGCAUAUUGGUACGAAGUUGGCACUCACGAAACAGCACACAUCCAUCAGUACAUACGAAAAGGGAGGUUACAAAAAAGACACUCCAACCUUAGAACGUGGAGUUGGAGUGACACGUACAAGAGGAAAACAGCUGAAAAGCAUGCAGCAGUCGGGCAUCUCUACUGAAAUAUACUCAUUCUGGCUGAAAUACAAGCUCGUGAAACUGGACACUGGAGUACAAUGUGGCAGGGAGGUUACACAAGAGACGAAAUGGAUAGAACUGAAGCAGGUGCCUUCUGCGGUAAAAGACACUUAAUUCUUAUUCUUAACUCCUGCAACCACAAAUGCAGGCACACUAGACCGGCAGCAGAAGGAUCUGUAUUUAGAAGAUAUCGAGGUGCAAGAGGAUGAAGAGGUUUUGAAUGAUGACGGUGCCAAUGUAAGCAAAAUGGAGAGAUUCUAUAAUUCCGUCAUACUUGCCUCGAUGUGUGCACUAACACUUCUUGUAUGCUUAUGCUAUCGUAAAGAACUAAAAAUAAAGUUAAAGCUGUUCAUUCAC